GGAAGGGGGUGGGGUGGCGGGUGGCCACCUUUCGGCUCUAUAAUGCCAACUUUGUCACAUUUCCAGAGUCAUCAGUCAGCAGACUCUCUUUGGUCAUACUGUCGGCUUCUCCUCUCCAACUUGUCUUUUUCCCAUUAUCUUAAUCAUUUUCCAACCAAUCUCGUCCCUGAUACAUCUCUGUUGGAAUUUUUCAAAGACUUAACUGUUACAUCACCAUCACCAUAACAUACACUUAUAUGUAUUUGUAUAUAUAGAGUGGGGACAGGAAUAUAUCUGGGUUUCUUGUCUUUCUUUUCUUGGUUUGAAUCCUGCUCAUUUUGGUGUCUUUAUUUUGCUCUAUUUUGUCAGCGAUCCAUGUUCGGUGAAGCUGCUGAUUUUCUUGGAGAUCAGUACUGGAUUAUCCUUUGUACCAUCGGGGAUAUUGCAUGCCUGUUUCAUUGGAGUGAUCAACCUCUCGCCCUGGAGUUUCAGGUCAAAUGGAUUCAAAGCAGAGUCCAGCCAAUGAAUCUGGGCAAAGAGUUUCUCUCAGUAUUGCCUCACUUUUAGUUUCAGCAGUUCUCGAAUGGAUGCUGAUUUUUUUGCUUUUUAUUGAUGCUAAUUUCUCCUACUUGGUUACAAGGUUUGCUCGUUAUUGCCAAUUGCAAAUUCCAUGUUUGCUAUGCUCAAGACUAGAUCAUGUCCUGGGCAGUGAAAGAUCUGGCUUUUACUGGGAUUUAAUCUGCCACAGGCACAAGUUAAAGAUCUCUUCUUUAGUUCUUUGUAAACUCCAUGAUAACCUUGUUGAUGUUCAUGGGACCUGUGAAAGUUGCUUGUUCUCAUUCGCCACAGUAAACAAGUCAAAUGCUGAAACUUACAGAUUAUUAGUUGGCAAACUGGGGGCUGAGCCUUACUGUGGCCUAGCUGAAGGUGCUACAUCUGAUGAACAUAACAAUGGUUCUUCUGGCACAAGAAUAUGUGCAUGUUGCAAUGAGCAAUGGGUUUCCAGAACAUAUACUGAAAACUUGUUCCAGAGCAAAUCAAUUGACAGUGAGGGAGCUGAGCUUGAUCCAUGUGUUAUGUCUAAAUAUAAUGUGGAUGAGGUGCAGGAGAUAACGGAAAGAUCAUAUCAAUUAGGGCAAAAGUGGAACAAGGAUGCUGACCUGCUGCCACACGUAGAAUAUACAAAGGUCAAGGUCACUUCUGAUACGGAAUCAGAAGGUCCUUUUUGGGAUAAUGAAAAUGAAAAUGAGAAUGCACUUAUUUGUGAAACGGAGAUUUCAGCGGAAGAUUCACCAGAUGAUUAUGUAUCUGUGGAACCUCAAAUUAUUGCUUUUGCUGAUUGUCCAGCUUCAGAGAAGUCAAUAGAUCCAGUUCAACCAACUGAGUUUUCACUUACUGAGUCAGGGGACCCUACUAAUUCCAGACAUAAUGUAGAACCUGAGGCACCAGUUGGGCAUGGGUUAGAGGAACUUAACCGGAGGCAGCUUGACCAUAAGAAUGGUGUCAGUGAACCAUCUGAACUCAUAUCUUCUUCGGAAGCACUACCAUCUCCCAAUAUUAGUGGGACUCAUUAUUAUGAAUCAAAAGAGACCAAUGAUACAAGCCCCACUCAGAUGGAGAAAGUAGUCCAUGCUGAAUGCGGGGAAGCUUCUAAUCUGGCAAGUGACUCUGCUGGCACAGCUGAGCUAUGGAAAGAAGUGGCUACAGAACAUGAAGGCACUCUUAGAAUUGGAAGAGAGCUUAUUCCAGCAGAUGAAAUUCAAAUGGAUUUGAGACCUAAUAAAAAUGAUAGUUUACAAAUCUCUGAGUCUUUGGAUCUUGGUGCUGCCUAUAAAUUAGCUCUUGGAAUUAGGGGAAGACAGUUGUCUGGAAGACUCUUAGAACAACAACGGUCUAUGAAGGAGUCUCUGAGAGCAAGUGAAGAUUUGAAGCUCUUGCUAUCACAAAUAUCUUCUCGAGGAAUUGAAGUACCAUUAAAUGAUAUGAGUCCCAGGGUGUCUGCAAAUAGUGAAGAUUUUAAAGCUAUGGAUGCUUCUAUUGCCACAGGGAUUCAAAUAAUUCAAAGAAGGAUCUCGCUUGAGAGAAAUGAUUCCACCUUAUCUCUUGAUGGGAGCACUAUUAGUGAAAUUGAAGGUGAAAGUGUGGAAGAUCGUUUGAGACGACAGGUGGAGCAUGACAAGAAAAUAAUGUCUACUUUGUAUAAAGAAUUAGAAGAAGAGAGAAAUGCAUCUGCAAUUGCUGCUAAUCAAUCAAUGGCCAUGAUUACUAGAUUGCAAGAAGAGAAAGCGGCCCUCCAUAUGGAAGCCCUUCAGUGCCUAAGAAUGAUGGAUGAACAAGCUGAGCAUGAUGAUGAAGCACUGCAGCAAGCUAACGACCUGCUUACAGAUAAGGAGAAACAGAUUCAAGAUCUUGAGUAUGAGCUUGAGUUGUACAAGAACCAAUUUGGAGAUAUAUCUUUGCCCAAUACCUGCGUCAAGCCAAGGCCUGAAUCUGAUGCAGGUGUAUUGAAGGUGCACAAAAUAGAAGCAAAUUGUGAAAGUAAUAUGACUGCAUUCAGCAACUCAGAUAAUGACAAACCUGAUAUUAGUAACAAAAUUGAUGGAGCAUCAAAGACAUUAGAUAGGGAAAUGGCUAGUGAACGGAUCUCCUUGCCACAGUUUGAAGAUGAAAAGGGAUUCAUUUUACAAUGUUUGAGAAAGCUGGAAGAAAAGCUAUAUAUGUUUGCCAAACAUGAUAUCUAUUCUGACAUGAUAGAUGACGCUUCUUCAACAGGGAAGGUACUCAAGGCAAGUGCUCCUGAACAGCUUGAUUCUGUGGGGGUUUCUCAAGAAAAUGGCAGAAAAAAAAACAAUAAUCUACCAACGGAUGGAGUCGUGCACAAGGAAACUCCAUCUAAGGAUCUAUGUGGAAAUGAGGAUGAAAGUGAAGGAUAUGGUGAAUUCAAGUCUGGCCAACAUGCCAACAAAGAUGCUGAGUUAGAUGCACUUAGACAUGAGCUUUCUGUUAUGAACAACAGACUGGAAGCGCUGGAAGCAGAGAAAAACGUUAUUGAGUGUUCGAUUAACUCACUUGAGAAGGGAAGUGAAGGAUUUGAAUUAAUCCGAGAAAUAGCUGUUUGGCUACAAGAGUUACAUUCGGUUCACAUUAGAACACGAAGUGAAGAUUUAACAUGAAACUUCGGGUCUCAAUACUUUUAUGGAACCUUAUGACGUGCAGACAAUUUUUUCCAAUGCAGUAUUCUGUUGGGUGUAUCUCAGUGACCAAGUCUCUAUGUUAAUAUGUUUUCCAGAUGCCUAAUGAUAGAAAUUGAUUAACUCUUUGGAAACGGAAGAGAAGUAUGCUAUAAAGCUGCGUGUGGGAUUGAUGAACUAGUUGUGUACAGUUAUACUUGGGAUUCAUCAUAAUAAAACUAAGGAAACGACGACAGCCUUGUUUGGUUUUGUUUUCAUUCUCAAUGUUUGAGUCUCAGUAUUUCAAGUGUGUUUUUAGUUAUGUAUCUGGUCUUGUGCAAAAAAUGAAAAUACAUUUGGAUCAAUAUGUUUUGUGACAAGUUCUCAUAGAAUGAAAAUGCGUUUGGAUUAAUAUGUA